AUGUCCAAAUCCUUAGCAGCACUAAAAGACAUCUCGUUCUCAAGUAGUUAUUCAUCCGCUGAAUGGUUUUCAAGACCCAGAACGAAAGCCACCCGGAUUGCGGAGCUCCAGAUAUCUAUACAGCAGCUACAGAAGCCCAAUUUUAGCCCAUUGCAAACCCCAUUUUCAGGCCAACCUGGCGGCCCUCAUCUUUUUCCGAGACUAAACCGUUGCAUAGCCCAACUGAAUACACUGGUAAGGUUAUCCCUAGGGCUCCUCGAGCUCCUAGCUCCUUCUCCUCCUGGAUUUCGAUCCAUAGAGGUUCUUUCUCCUCCUGGAUCUCGAUCCAUAGAGGUGCCGAGUCACAUUUCACUGCAAAUUAUGGAUGGUACCACCCAACUUCCAUGGGUACUUACGGGAUUCUACGGCAACCCAGUUGCGGAGAGGAGGCAGGACAGUUGGCAAAUGUUGAGAAGACUCACCCCUGAAAGCCCAUCCCCGUGGCUAAUAAUGGGGGAUUUCAACGAGAUACUUAGCCAAGAUGAAAAGUUCACAUGGAGUAAUAAAAGGGAGGGGACGGAUUUCACCAAGGAACGGCUGGACAGAGCUUGCGCUAAUGGCACCUUUCCGGCCUUAUACGGUUCUUGUGUAGUGCAGGUGCUCCAAGUUUGUAAUUCAGAUCACAACCCUUUAUCCAUCAACUGUAACCAAGGCCAUUUUCAGUUGAUCCCCAAUGCCCGCUUGUUGUUCCGGUACGAAGCUGCUUGGGCAGAGAAACAGGAAUGUAAGGACAUAAUUGCCAGCUCCUGGUCUCACCUUAGGGGCCAUAACAGUUCACUGGGGUGGUUUAAAGAGGGUCUUAUGAGAUGUAGGGACAGGCUCCAAUUUUGGGCUCGGUCUAAUGCCAGAGAAGCUAAGACGACUCUUAAGGUUAACAUGCAGAAACUUAGGUCAUUGCAGCAGGUUAACAAAGGGGACUUGAAUGAGAGGAUCAGAGUCAUUCAAAAUCAAGUUGAUGGCCAAUGUCUUGGAAUGGUGGAGGUUGUCCUUUCUACUGAACUCAUUCGAACUGGCGUCGGGGCAAAGGUUGAAUAUGGAAAAGACUUCCAUUUAUUUCAGUGGCAAUACUCGGCAGGAAAUAAAGUCAGCCGUUCUUCAUGCCGCUAA